AUGCCGCUAGCCCCUCCCGCCGCCGCCGCCGCCGCCGCCGCCGUCGCUGCCGACGCCCGUCGCCGACGAGUGCCCGCGCCGCCAGUCCCGGCGCUCCGCCCCCAGCGCCCGCCGCUGCCGCUGGUAGCUGUGCUGCUGCUCGCGCUGGCCACCGUGCCGCCGCCUUGCUGCGAGGCCGGCCCGCGGUACAGCUCCCGCAUCGUGGAGACGCGGUCGGGCGCCAUCCGCGGGGUCAUCCUGCAGCUCAACUCGCGACACCUCGAGCCCGUCGAGGCCUUCCUCGGCGUUCCGUACGCCGCCCCCGCGACGCGCUUCUCACCGCCACAGCCGCCGCUCGCCUGGCAGGGUACGCGGCUAGCGGACACCUUGGGGCCGGUGUGCCCGCAGAGGCCGCCAGACAUCUCGAACCGCACGGCGGCGCUGCUGAGGAUGCCCAGGGGUCGCUACCUGCAGCUGCGCAGGAUGCUGCCGCUGCUGCGCAACCAGAGCGAGGACUGCCUCUUCUUCAACCUCUACGUCCCUGCCAGCGGGAACAGAGGUCUGGAAGCUCCGUAUGCGGUGGUGGUGUACAUCCACGGCGAGUCCUUCGAAUGGAACUCUGGAAAUCCAUACGACGGCAGCGUUCUGGCCAGCUACGGCCACGUCAUCGUCGUCACCUUCAACUACCGGCUCGGCAUUCUCGGUUUCCUGAGGACGCGCAGCGGGCCGAACGCGGCGGGGGACCUGGCGCUGCAGGACGCCGUGUCUCUGCUGACGUGGCUGCGGCUCAACGUGGCGGCCUUCGGCGGUGACCCGCAGCGCGUCACGCUGCUGGCGCACGACACGGGCGCCGCGCUCGCCCACCUGCUGCUGCUGCUGCCUGCCGCCAGGGGUCUGGUGACGCGCGCGGUGCUGCUGUCGGGGUCGGCGCUGAGCCCGUGGGCGUCGCCGUCUCCGGCGCGCCACGACGCUCUGCGGGCGCGCGUCGCGCGGCUGCUGGGCUGCGACCCGGGCCUGCCCGACGUGGCGCCGUGUCUGCGCGCGCAGCCGCUGGCGGCGCUGCUGUCGGUGGACGUGUCGCCGCCGCGCUUCCUGCCGCGCUUCGGGCCGUCGCCCGACGUGCCGCCCGGCCUGGCCACCGAGCGCGCCGCCGACCCCUUCGUCAGCUGCGACCUCAUGCUCGGCAUCACCAGCACCGAGAGCUACCUCGACUUCAGCGCCGCCGACAUCCAGUACGGCUUCGAGGAGGACGAGCGCGACCGCGUGCUGCGCACGUACAUCCGCAACACGUACGUGUACCACCUCAACGAGAUCUUCUCGGCGGUGCGCAACGAGUACACCGACUGGGACAAGCCCAUCCUGCACCCCAUUAACAUCCGGGACUCCACCAUGGAGGCCCUCAGCGACGGACACACCGUGUCGCCCGUGAUCCGCACCGCCUACCUGCACUCGCGCCGCGGCGCCCGCACCUACCUCUUCCAUUUCGCCUACCAGACCAAGGACAGCGACUACCCACAGCGGCUGGGCAGCGUCCGCGGCGAGGACGUGAGCUACGUUCUGGGCCUGCCGCUGGUGGGCGGCGUGCCCAACUUCCCGCAGAACUUCUCCCGCCAGGACAUGGGCGUCGCCGAGGCCGUGCUCACCUUCCUCACGAACUUCGCCAAGACUGGCGACCCGAACGAGCCCCGUGAGCAGAACACGGACUACGGCACCCCGCAGGAGAAGACCCGCUACCGUGCGCUGCACUGGGACGCCUACGAGACUGGCAACCAGCAGUACCUCAGUCUAGCGCUGAAGCCUCGGAUGAAGAGCCACUACCGCGGGCAUAAAAUGGCCAUCUGGCUGAACCUCAUCCCACAGUUGCACCAGGCGGGCGACGGUGACGUCAGCAUGCGGCACCACAACUUCCACGAGCGCGACGAGUCCUACUACUCAGGUGUGGUGCGAGCGGAGUCGUUCACCCGACUGCCGACGCCGCAGCACGUGUCGACGGCGGCGUCCUACUCGCCCGCGGGGGCGGCGGGUGAGUGCGCGCCCAACGCGACCGGCACGGCGUUCCCGGACGACGGCGACGUGGACACGGUGGACCCGGAGGACGGUCUGGUGGGCGGCGACGGCGGCGACGGCCGGCUGCUGGCCACCACGCAGUACUCGUCCUACACGGCGGCGCUCGGCCUCACCGUCGGCAUCGGCUGCCUGCUGCUCGUGCUCAACGUGCUCAUCUUCGCCGGCAUCUACUGGCAGCGCGAGCGGCGUGCGCGCCGCAGGGCCGGCUCCAAGGACGCGCUGCCCGAGGACGUGCCGCUGGCGCAGCUCACGCCCAACGUCAUCAAGCUGGAGGAGCCACCGCCCAGGUACUCGCCCUGCGUCGUGCCCCACAUACACAAGGGCGGCGGCACCAAGCUGAACGCGGUGCCCACGUCGCCGCCCGUGCCGCCGCUGAGGACCUCCAGCAAUCCGCAGCCGUCGGCGACCGCCACCGUCAAGAAGAGGGUCCACAUCCAGGAGAUCUCCGUAUAGCACUUGGAGGAAGGCGCCACCGCCGACUGCGACCCUCCGCCGCCGCCACCGCCCCCGCGCCGCGGCUCGGUCACGCUCGCCGUGUCGCCUUCGAGGAUCAUCGAAAUCUACGCUACCUGCCCCAGGUCUUCGGCGCAGGUCAAGAAGAGGGUGCGCAUCCAAGAGAACCCCGUGUGACACAGUCGUGUUGACAGGUGACCCAGUGUUUAGGUUGGAAGGCAAGUGACGUUACAGACGCUCUAACAGUGUUCUCUCUUUUCUUGUUUAAGCGGGGCAGAUGAUCAAACAAGGCCAAUAACUUCUCUCGUGAGUCGUAUGACUCGCCUUCGAAACCAGUUGACUUACUCACAUCGCGAAAUAACUGUCUUGCAGAGCAAAAAGGGAUAUUGAUGAGAUGACAUGUUCGUAAAAUAAAAUUAAUGUACUUUGAAGACAUUUGCUGUUUCACUCUGUAUUUCCUCCUCCCAUGUGUAAGUAUAUUCAGAUCCUGCAAAGUGAUUACUGUUCGUUAGGACUAAUGCUUCUUAUGAAAUCACAGCGAACCAAACGCAAAACGCACCCAUAUAAAUAUGUCGAAAACCUUUAAGGGAGGUGGGACGUCAAACGGGCCCGUCUUGGAGCGGGAGAGACACAA